AUGACUUCUUCAUAUCAACAUAGUCACAAUCCAAACAAUCACUUGUCAAGAAGAGCGUCUGUUGCAACUGCACCAUAUACGAUACCUUCACGUCACAAUUCAGUAUCUCAUUCACAUUCACCUUUAUCACCACCUUCUUCUUCAAAUAUACAUAUACCAGCACAUCAACAACACCCUCAUCAUCACCACCACCAUCACCAUCAUCAUGCCAAUGGUCAAACUAAUCAACAACAACUGUCAAGUUCAGUUCCAGUAUUAUCUAGAGAGUUUGUCGUUAGAAGAAUAAGUGAAGGUGAAUCUGGUCGUUUAAAAGAAGAACUGAAAUGUGAAGCAUGUGGGAAAGGUUAUAAGCAUAUUUCAUCCUUAGCUAAACAUCUUUGGGAACAUACACCAGAAUGGAAUGUUACUAAAAAAUUAUUAAUUUCGAAACAUCAACAAGUUCAAUUAUUAGAAGCUGCUAGUAUUUUAGUUAGUAUGAAUGAAGUUAGUCCAAGUCCAUUGACUGAACAAGUUAUUAAAGAAGAUGAAGAGAUCAAAUUCAAUCCAAAAUAUACUGAACAUAAUAGUGAUGAUGACGAAGAUGAUGAAGACGAUGAAGAUGAAGAUGGAGAUAGAUCUUCAAAUUCUCCUUCACCGUAUUUAAAAGAAUUGAAGAAUAGAAACGGUUCAAUAAGUCAAAUUCCACCGAGUGGAUUGAAUGGUACAAAUUCUCCUGCUAAAGUUAUUAGUACUGGUGGAUUUCUGGAUGUUCCAAGAGGUGGUCAACAACAAAAUGGUAAAAAAAAUGGUAGUAUUAGUUAUGAAACCAAGUCUAAUAAAGAAAAUUUGGAAAAUGCUAUAGUGGAGGAUGAACAGGAGGCUGUCUUUGGAAUGGAUUGA